GUAGGCUCCGACUAUGCCUCGCCCAGUUUUCACUUAACUUACUCGUCAGCAGUUCAUAUAGUCUUAUUUAACUCAACACAGCUGUUCAAUUUUCCUCAUUCAAGAUGAGUUUUACACUGUUGAGCAAUCUUUUAACUGUGCCCAUUAAACGGGUCUGUACUUCCCACGGCGAAACAUUUAGUAAGGGUGCCGGAGGUGGAUCUGGAUCUGCAUCUGGAGUUGGGGUUGGCUAUGCCGGUCAACUGCAGCAGGUGCGCCGCCAUGCGCCUAUCUGUGGCCCGCCGCGCUUCCCUAUGUCCACGGGUCAGAAGCUGAUCUUCGGUUGGGGCUCGAUUCUGAUAAUGAUGAUUCUUCCGUUUUGGUCGCUGUCCCAAGUUCCACGUUGGUCAGCAAUGCACAACAAUCGUCCCUAUGGCGAUGAGGAGGAAGAACCACCCGAAGAAUAAACGAAAUUAUUUAACACACGGAACACGCUUAUAACAUGCUGAUACACUGCAAACGGUGACUUCUUAUACUUGUUACAAACUUGCAAGGCCAGCAUAUUUGUUCAAUUGUUAAAUAAAAAUAACUACAGUGCAACAGA